AACGUCCAGCACUUGGGUCCUGCUACAGACUUUUACAAGAAACUGGCUCUGGACUGUUCUGGACAGCAGAUCGGAGUGGAUCUGUUCUUACUGAGCUCCCAGUACUCAGACCUGGCUUCUUUAGCCUGUGUGUCCAAAUACUCAGCCGGCAGUGUCUUUUAUUACCCGUCCUUCCAUCACAUUCACAAUACGGCGCAGAGACAAAAAUUUCAGAAAGAUUUGCAGCGAUACCUCACCAGAAAGAUCGGGUUUGAAGCCGUCAUGAGGAUCAGGUGCACCAAAGGUUUGUCCAUCCACACUUUCCAUGGCAACUUCUUUGUACGCUCCACUGAUUUGCUGUCUCUGGCCAACGUGAACCCAGACUCUGGUUUUGCUGUGCAGAUGUCAAUCGAGGAGAGUUUAGCCGAUACUUCGCUCGCUUGUUUUCAGGCUGCUCUUCUUUACACAUCCAGUAAAGGUAAACGUCGAAUCCGAGUGCACACUCUGUGUCUGCCGGUGGUCAGUCAGUUGAGUGAAGUGUUUGCUGGAGCUGAUAUCCAGGCCGUCUCAUGCCUUCUGGCCAACAUGGCUAUCGAUCGCUCCAUCUCGUCCAGUCUGUCUGAUGCGAGAGACGCGUUAGUUAAUGCCGUAGUGGAUUGUUUAACGGCAUAUCGCGCUAACGGCUCAAACAUCCAGCCCUCCGGCCUGAUUGCCCCUGCAGCCCUGCGUCUCUUUCCUCUAUAUGUACUUGCUCUGCUCAAACAGAAAGCUCUGCGAACCGGCACUAGCACCCGUCUGGAUGAGCGAGUGUUUUCCAUGUGUGAGUUGAAGAGUCAGCCGCUGCAGCAGAUCAUGCACAUGGUUCAUCCGGACCUCUACCGCAUCGACAACAUGACCGAACAGGUAACGCACAUUCAUACAGGUGUGGAAUAUAAUGAUGCAGGAUUGUAGAGUCCAUCCCUACUGAUUAAUAUUCCUUACCACCAUCUGUUGCCAUUGAGCCUUUGAGCAACCGAUUUAAUCCCAGGUUAUUCAGGGAGCGCUGGCCCUUUAAUUAGUGACAGUAUUAUUAGUUUUCUGUCAAUUGCUUUGAUAAUAAAAAAAAGCCUCCCUAAAUGACAACAUGCAAAGACAUAACAUAGUCAUACUACAAUAACC